GGAAUCUUCCUCUGCAACUGUAACUGCAAGUAAACGCAGACUCUGAAAAUUCAUAGAAAUGGAGAAUUUCCAUAACCAUAAGGGCAUUACUAAUACUCGAGCUCGACAUGGCUUUACGGAUAUAUUUAGGAGAGAGGUGGGGUUGUCUCAUCCCAGCGGUUUUGCUCGUCGAUUUUCAGCUUCAGAGCUCCUUGUAAAGAACAUGAAUUUAUACGGGAAGUUAAUUGGCCAUGAAGGAUGUGUAAAUGCAGUGGAAUUUAACUCCACCGGUGAUCUUCUUGUCUCAGGUUCUGAUGAUAGACAAGUUAUGCUUUGGAAUUGGGCAUCCAAAACCAAAUUAUUUGGAUACCCUUCUGGCCACUCAGACAACAUAUUCCAGACUAAAAUCAUGCCAUUUACUGAUGACUGCCGAAUAGUAACUUCUGCUGGUGAUGGCCAGGUAAGGCUUGGCCUUGUCCAGGAGGAUGGUAGAGUUGACACUACAUUGUUGGGGAAGCACCAUGGUUCUGUAUACAAGCUUGCUGUGGAGCCAGGAAGUCCCCACAUACUGUAUAGUUGUGGUGAAGAUGGAUUUGUUCAACAUUUUGAUUUGCGAAGUAGUUCUGCUACAAAACUUUUCUGUUGUUCCUCAUCGAUAGGGAACAACAAACAGCUUCCAAGCAAAAUAGGGCUGAAUUCCAUUGUGAUUGACUCUAGAAAUCCAUGUUACUUUGCCAUCGGUGGAUCUGAUGAAUAUGCACGCGUUUAUGACAUGAGAAAAUGCCAGUGGAAUACAGCCAGAAAUUCAGAUCGACCCGUCAACACAUUUUGCCCUCGUCAUUUAAUUGGGUCAAAUAAUGUCCACAUCACAGGAUUGGAUUACUCAAGCUUAAGUGAACUCCUUGUCUCUUAUAAUGAUGAGCUCAUCUAUCUAUUUGAAAAACAUGUGGAUUUGGGUUCUUCACCUUUAUCUACUACAUCUGGGGAUCCAAAGAAUCUUCACGAGGCACGAGUUUACUCGGGCCAUAGAAAUGCACAGACAGUUAAAGGAGUGAGUUUCUUUGGCCCGAAUGAUGAAUAUGUGUUGAGUGGCUCAGAUUGUGGCCAUAUAUUCAUCUGGAAGAAGAAGGAAGCUAAGCUGGUGAGAUUAAUGGUAGGUGAUCAACAUGUUGUAAAUCAACUUGAGGCCCAUCCACAUAUACCUAUUCUAGCUACUUGUGGUAUAGAAAAAAAUGUGAAAAUCUGGGCUCCUCUUGGGAGUGAUAUUCCUCCACUUCCUGUAAAUGUGAAAGAGAUAAUUGAGGCAAACAAACAGGGCAGAGAAGAUCGGUCACGGGUAACCCUUACUCCUGAUGUUAUAAUGCAUGUUCUUCGCCUGCAGAGGCGGCAGACAUUGGCGUUUAUUGAAAGAAGAUAUAGUAGGGCAGAUGAUAUUGUGAGUGAUGAAGAAGAUGCAGAGGGUUACCUUUUAGGAUUCUCAGAUGGUGAUGCCUCUUCUGAAGAGGAUUCUCCUGGAAAUUCCAGAGAUUGCAACAUCAGCUAAAGCUUAAAGAAGCGGGUUUUGUUGCUGUUGGCUGACUAAUUCUUUAGAAAAUGAUGUUAGCUUUCACUGUCUUUCAUGAAGCAGUACCAUAUACAUACAUGAUACACCUUUGAAGCAUGUGCUAAUAAACAUCAUUGGGGAAAUGAUUAAUGUGCAUAGUGUAAAAUCUUGAUUGUUCCAAACAUGCUCUAGGUUGAGUGCAGUUGAAUUCAGAUAUUAUUAUG